AUGGCCAUUGUUAGUGAACUUGCUCAAGGUACAAAAAACUGCGAACUGGUCAAGAAGUACGGAUUGUCAAAAUCGACCAUUUCAACCAUUGCUAAGGGCAAGGAAAAGAUCCUUGGUGCUACCAUGAAUGCCGACCCGACGACUAGAAAGCGCCUUCGGAAGGCGGCCUACGCGGACGUUGAGGACGCACUGCUGAAGUGGUUCGCUGACGCGCGGUCUCGCAACGUUCUGAUCAGUGGACCACUGAUGCUCUCCAAGACUAAAGACUUCGCCUUCCUUUUGGACUUUCCCGAUUUCAGCCCAGGCAAUGGAUGGCUCCACCGGUUUAAGGCUCGCCACGGAAUUGUUUUCAAGGCUGUCGUCGAUGAGGCCGCGUCUGUGAACAACGAGGACGUCGAUGCGUGGCUUUCCAACAACCUCCCAACAAUCACGAGCUAUGCUCCACGGGACGUUUAUAAUGCCGACGAGACUGCGUUGUUUUAUCAGAUGUUGCCAUCUAAAACGAAUGCCUUGAAAGGCGGCAAGUGCGCAGGAGGGAAGAACAGCAAGUUGCGCAUAACCGUUCUUCUGUGGGUCAAUAUGGACGGCAGUGACCAGCGGCUGCCUUUUGUCAUUGGCAAGUCACGUAAGCCGUGA